CAGCAGGCUUUUCUCUCAGUGUGUCACGCUGCUCUCCGUCAUGUGAUGACACUGUGUAGGGCUUGUUAUCGGGGGGCCUGUGGGCAGCUGCUGGGUGGAGGACAGGCCUAGUGGCACACCGCACGUGAACCAGCUCGACCACUUUGACGUAGAGUUUCAUGGACCCUGUAUGACCACGCUUGCUGCUAUAUAGCCAUGAGAUCCUCUGCAGUGUAGAGAGAGAAACCCUUCUGCUGCUUUGCUGUUUGGGAGUGGAUGACAGAUUUUUCCUAAAUGGCUGAGGAGGUUUUAAUUCCAUCGUCUGGGAAAAUCACAUCGCAACUGACCGGCUCUUUGUUGGCGGUGGCAUUCCUCACCUCCUUCGGGAGCUCCAUGCUUUAUGGCUACAAUCUGGCAGUGGUCAACUCCCCUGCUGUGUACUUAAAGGAAUUCUACAACAAGACAGUGGUGCGUCGUUAUGGAACAGGACUCAAUGAGGAGACCCUGACCCUCUUGUACUCUCUCACUGUGUCUGUCUUCGCCAUCGGAGGUCUGCUGGGCUCCGUCAUCGUGGGCGUGCUGGUCUCUCGCUACGGCAGGAAAGGCACGGUGGUAAAGACGACGGUGCUGGUGUUUAUUGGUGGCACACUCAUGGGCUUCAGCAGGAUUUGUGGUUCACCUGAGAUGGUCAUCGUGGGCCGCUUUAUCACAGGAAUUCACUCAGGCAUCUCUCUAAGUGUAGUACCGAUGUACCUGGGUGAGAUAGCACCUAAGAACCUGCGAGGCUUCCUGGGUCUCGUGCCGAGUAUCUUUAUUGGCACCGGAGUCUUCGCCGCCCAAAUCCUCGGCCUACAUGAGCUUCUAGGAAAGGAGGAGCACUGGCCCCUCUUUCUUUCAGUGGUGGUGGUACCCACCUUCAUCCAGUUGAUGCUGUUGCCAUGGUUCCCAGAGAGCCCCAGGUACCUGCUGAUGGAGAAGCACAACAUCCAUGCCACCAUCACAGCCUUGAAGUGGUACAGAGCCAAGUGUAACAUCCAGGCUGAGAUUGAGGAGAUGCAGGAAGAGCAGCGCUCUCUGUCGUCGGUGGAUACGAUAUCAGUGUGUCAACUGUUCAUGGACGACACGGUCCGUUGGCAGGUGCUUAGCGUGAUGGUCAUCAACGUCGGCAUGCAGCUGUCCGGCAUCGAUGCUAUCUGGUUCUAUACCAAUGACAUCUUUGAGGAUGCGGGUAUCCCACUACCAGAGAUCCAGUACACCACCGCAGCAACAGGAAUCAUAGAGAUCAUCGCUGGACUCAUUGGGUGUUUCUCCAUAGAAAAGCUGGGCAGGAGGCCUCUCAUGAUCGGGGGUUUUACCAUGAUGGGCAUCUGCAGUGCUGGAAUCACAGUAGCCCUCCUUUUACAGCAGGUUCACUUAUUGGUCAUGCGCUACGUCAGUGUCGGCUGUGUGAUCGGCAUCAUCGCUGGCUUCUGUAUCGGUCCAGCGGGGGUUCCCUUCCUGAUCACAGCAGAGCUGUUUAAACAGUCCCACCGGCCAGCGGCCUACAUCGUAGGAGGAUCACUGAACUGGCUGUCUAACUUCACCGUGGGCUUCGUCUUCCCCUUCUUACAGAUGUCAGCGGGGCCUUACUGCUACUUGGUGUUUGCCGCCAUUUGCCUGCUCGUAGCCGUCUACGUCUACAUUGUGAUCCCAGAGACCAAAAACAAGACCUUCAUGGAGAUCAGCCUGAUGUUCUCUAAGAAGGAGGCGGUCCUAGAGACCCAGGGCCUGAUGCACGGGGACCACCUGAAGCUGAAGAAGAUGAACGUCUACGGUGGCAUAGAACAUGCUUCGCUGGAGUUCGACAGCUCUUCGUCUGUACCUUAAGUGAGCUUCGGGAUCUCACUGGGACUACAAAACCACUCAUUACUUCUUCACUAUUCUGCUGUUUUUAUAUGUACACAUUAACCAAACACCACAUCACCUGGACUCAGGAGGUUGGGUGUACAGUGCUGGUAUUUGCAACUUCUUAUCAAUUUGAUGUUGCUGUUUGAGCCAUUAAAGGAAAAUUCAAGAUAAAGCUGAAGUAGGCGAGAUUGGAGCAAAUAUGAUUAUAUAAAGUUAUUUUUAUACAACAGCCGCUAUAUCGUGACAGUAGUACAUGAAACAGGUAACCUGAAAAAAAUCAUGUGC